GUGCGUGACGUUACGUUGUAGGCUUCGCUAGUUUCCUCAACCAAACACUCAACUGAUAAUUGUGUGAUAAAAACUGGAAGUCAGCCGGUGGACGAGGGGCUACAUAUUCAGAAAAAGCACGCGAACCCAGCGGUUCUCGUCGUUAUAAACAAACUCGGUCGUUUGUGUACUGAAAGCGGUUUCACUGGCGAAGCAGACGGCGACAAGAAUCCUGCUUUUAAACCCACCAAAGGUUGGUUUUUAUUUUGCUGUGGCUGUCGAAAGGCGGGGAAUACAAAGCGACUUGUGGUCUAAUCUACAAGAUUUUGGACUCACUGAAGCAAAAACGGGAAUACUCCAAAAGCCUGUUCGUGCUGCUGUGACUGGUCAGCGAUAGUACAUGGAUUAUCUGUGUUUCCGGGCACUGUGCUGUAAAGGACCCCCGCCGCCAAGACCAGAGUAUGAUGUGGUGUGCAUUGGUCUGACGGGUGCUGGAAAGACCAGCCUGCUCUCACGCCUCUGUAAUGAGGGCAGCGACGGCAUCGUACCCACAACAGGUUUCAGCAUCAAAGCAGUGCCAUUUCCAAAUGCAAUCUUGAAUGUAAAAGAACUGGGAGGAGCUGACAACAUCAAGAAAUAUUGGAGUCGUUACUACCAGGGGUCACAGGGUGUAGUCUUCGUAUUGGACAGUGCCUCAUCAGAUGAGGACCUUGAGGCAGCACGUAACGAGCUCCACUCAGCCCUGCAGCACCCGCAGCUCUGCACACUGCCUUUUCUCAUCCUUGCCAACCACCAGGACAAGCCUGCUGCGAGGACGCCAAACCAGGUCAAGAAGUACUUUGAGCUGGAGCCCCUGGCCAGAGGGAAGCGCUGGAUCCUGGAGGGCAGCACCACCGACAACAUGGAGGCAGUGAAGGAGAUCUUUGGUCAGUUCAUUAGCCUGUUGGAAGACAAAGACACAGAACCUGCAAGGAUAUGAUGCUAACGCUGCUAAUGCUAAGAGACAUUAGCGGCUAACGACAAAGAAACACCACAUCCUGCUGGUGCCCAUGUAUACACACUCAUGCACAAACAUGUACACACAAAGAAAAUAGAGCAGAUGUUGUCCUCUCUUUGAGAAGUGUAUUGUACAUUAUCCUCCCUACACUGAGCUCUCAUUUUUCAAAUUGGAAGAGUGUGCGCAAGCAACAGUCAGCCACUACAACCUGACAGAGGAGAGCCGCCAUUAAACCCACCCAGUGUAAAGCAGUUUGUCAAGAAAAAUCAUUGAACUUUGCCAGAAAUGGAAAUCUUGUUUACUACUGUCUGUGCCAUUGUAAUUAAACCAAUGGCUUGUGGGACAUACGGCAUUCCUUCAGUCAUCUUUGGACACUAACACACACACUCUCGCUCUUACUUACACACACACUCUCGCACACACACACACACACACACACACACACACACACACACACACACACACUCAAACUGGAGGCCAGCUUGUCUGUAGAUAUGUUUAACAUCUCCAGUGAUUACUUUACAGGAUGUUUGGGUGGGCACUGUUGAUGUUCUUUCCACUGAGAAGUACUGUAUGGCUGUAUAGUGUGCUUCUCUUUCUGACUCUAACAACGAAUGUCGUUGUGUGAUUGGAGUGCAUAGUCAAAAGCCUUGUGUUAUGUACGGUAGUUACAUAUCAGUGUGUCACACCGUGUCUGAAUAUCUAAUCUGAAUAGUGUAGUCUGAGUAUCUCCAUGGGGUAUUAUGUACAUGCAGACAGGCAUAUUGCUGUGUACCCUCCUGUGCAGUCAUACACAAGUACUACUAAUCGUGUGACAUAGUGCUACGUGACUUUAUGGAGAAGUGAGUCCAUUUUGAGAAAGUGGGAACAAAUCUGAAAGCUUUUAUAAAUGUGCAACUUAGAAUAUAUUUUAUAGCUCUGUAUGUUAACCUCGUAGAGCUCCGUUCAGAUUUUUUAUAUAUCAUACCACACUUAUGAAUUCUUUCAAAUCAAAGACCAAAAAAGAAAAAAAGAAAAAACAACCGCGAUCAACAGGCUGGAUGUAGCCACAAGGUAGACAAAUGUGAUGGAUUUAGUUUCAUUUCAGUGUUAAGCAAAUGUUGUUUUUUAGUUGUUUUUUUUCUACAUUACAUACUGUAUUUUUUUUUUUUCCUUUUGAAAUUGACAUAAUCCCUCUGAACACUGGCUAGCAACUCCAGUCUCCCAUCAGGGUGGAAUACAAACUCUAUCAAUCAGCCACAGCAACAGCUGCAUCUGACAAGUCCCUGUCCGACACCCUAAUGCCUUCCAACUGUCGGUGAAGACCCCUCCCUGUCUGCUGUUUAUCACGGACCCCCGUCCCAACCAACACUGCCCCUCUACUCCAGCUCCGCUCCCUGUCCCCAUUGCUGCUCAGUGGGGCUUUUAUCCCACAUGCCAUCUUUCAGCCCGGCUGCCCCUGUGUGGACUCGACACCUCUAAAAUGAGUCGCAUCGAUUGUGCCACAGGUGUGUGGUUGUCCCCAAGACGUGCUUCAGUAAUUCACAAUGUUCACACCUCCUUCCUGCGUGCUUGUGUUUUGUUGUUGUUGUUUCGUUCAGUAUUUUGUCCUGUUUGUAGAGAUUUAAUAACUUUUUGUACCUGACGUGAGAUCUGCCAGGUAGUUUAUUGCAGUCUGGAUCAAUCGGUGCAUUCAGGCGCUUGAAUGCAAAAUAAAUCUGUCAAUUAGGGAUUAUACCAAUGUUGGACUUUGCAUAUCAUCUGCUCACACAUAGGUUUUAAGACAUUCACUCCAGCCGGUUUUUGGGUUUUUUUUUUGUUUUUUUUGUAUUUCUGUUUUUUCAAUCAAGUGUUUUGUCUAAAAUGGCAAUUAAAGUUUAAAAAAUUUGAA